AUGCCCGAGUCCAUCCGGAACGAGAUCGUUUCUGAUGAAUCUCAAUUGAUAUGGAAUCUACCCAACCUGGAGGACGCGGGUAUGUCGGCGGAUCUCAUUGACGCCCAGCUCAACUACAUGUCGUCGUGGCUUGGAACCCUUGUAAACCACUAUAUGCAUAACUGUGAGGUUUACGACAGGUUGGAGAGUCAUUUGAAGUCGGUGAAGGCGUCGAUGGUGUUGCGGGAGCAGAGCAUCGCGUUGACAGAAUCCCUCAAAGGACUGGGCUCUCUUGUUGAAUCGUAG